GUGCACAUAACGGGAUUUCGUAGUUAUUUGGAAACAAUAGUGGAUGAUUUCUCACCUAGACACAACGUUGUUGUCGGGCGUAAUGGAAGUGGGAAGAGUAAUUUCUUCUUAGCGAUUCAAUUUGUACUUUCGGACGAAUUCAGUCAUUUGCGCUCAGAUCAUCGACAAGGACUCAUUCAUGAGGGAACCGGUGAAAAAGUUUCAACCGCCCGAGUUGAGAUCGUUUUCGAUAAUAUGGAUAGACGAAUUGUCGCGGUGGAUGCCAACGAGGUACGUGUGGGACGUCAAGUCAGCUUCAAGAAGGAUCAAUAUUUUAUCGAUUCAAAAAUCGUCUCAAGGAGUGAUGUGGUUAACCUGAUGGAGUCUGCUGGCUUCUCGCGCUCGAAUCCUUAUUAUAUCGUGAAGCAAGGAAAAAUCAAUGAAUUGGCAACCUCGCCAGACUCACACCGACUCAAAUUGCUCAGAGAGGUAGCUGGCACUCGUGUCUAUGAUGAACGCAAAGAGGAAAGUUUAAAGAUUCUUCGUGAAACGAGUGCGAAGAGCGAGAAAAUUGAAGCGUUGUUGGCCUAUAUCGAGGAACGUUUGAAGACUUUGGAAGAAGAGAAAGAAGAUCUAAAGGAGUAUCAAAAAUGGGAUAAAAUGAAAAGAUCAAUUGAGUAUACGAUAUACGAUAAUGAAGUGAAGGAGGCUCGUAAAAAGCUGGAUAAACUAGCUGAACAACGAGAAGAGCUGAACACAAGACAAAGCAAGGUGACCAAUGACCUGCUGAAUGCACAAAAUAGCUCAUUGAAAGCGCAAGCUGAGCAGCGCAAACUCGAGGCCCGUUUCAAGGGAAUGCGCGAAGAGAAGGAGGCGUUGCUCGGUGAACAGACCGAGCGAUUCCAAAAGAAAACUGAACUCGAACUUCGUAUCAAGGAUCUACGUGAAGAUGUUGAAAAAGAACGGUCGGGAAGAGAUAAAGCGGAAGAUGUGCUGAAUAAACUGAAAGCGGAUAUCCAAGCAAAAGAAGAGGAGCUGAACGAUAUUGCACCAAAAUAUAACGCGCUCGUCGAAGAUGCUGCAAAACUUAGCACUGACAUUCGAAUUUCGGAACAGCGAUGCAAAGAGUUGUACGCGAAGCAAGGCCAUAAAGACCAAUACAAAACAGUCGAAGAGCGUGAUAAGGUGCUGAACAAGGAGAUUCGUUUCUACGAUCGGCAGUUGGCCGAUACAGAAGACCAGAUCGGCGAAAUUGAACGGAGUUUGCACGAUGAAGAGCAAGAGGAGGAACAGCUCAAUCAACAGAUUAUGGCACUUGGUCUUCGAGCCGAAGAGUGCGUUGAUCAGAUGUCGACCAUCAAUCACAAAAUGGCCGAUUUACGUCGACAGCUGGAUCAAGCGGCUAUCCGACAACAAGAGGCGGCUCGUGAUGAGAAAAGCGCUCGUGACAAUGUUGAGGCUAUCAAAGUGGAGGUGGCACAGGCCGAACAAGAUCUUCGGAAGAUGACCGCUAAGUCGGUUAUGAACGGAGUUGAUAGUGUGCGACGUGUUCUGCAACACUUUCGAGAGCACAAUCGUAACGGGCAAUACGACGCAAUUUUGAAUGGAUAUCACGGCACCCUGUUGGAUCUGUUCAAAUGUGACAGUGUAUACUUCUCGGCGGUUGAGGUUACGGCUGGCAAUCGUUUGUUCUAUCAUGUUGUGGAUGAUGAUCGAAUCGCGAUGAAAAUCUUGAAAGAGGUAAAUAGUCAAAAGAUGAUGGGUGAAGUGAACUUCUUCCCGCUAAAUCGACUGAUCGCUAAGGCAAGGAAAGAGACCGUUGAUUCGGAAGGGCGCCCGUUGAUUGACUCACUGCAGUACCAAGAAAUGUACGACGUGGUCUUUAGACACGUUUUUGGUGGCACAGCGAUUGUGCGAAAUAUGGAAGCCGGAAAUCGUAUAGCCAGGAAUGAGGGUUUUGACUGUGUUACGUUCGAUGGUGAUCAAGUAAGUAGACGUGGCGCAAUGACUGGUGGUUAUUUGGAUGUGAAGCGAUCGCGUUUGGAGUUACAGUCAACCGUAAGGAAACUUCUCGAGCAGAAACAAGAUAUUGAGGAAUCGUUGGAUAAUGCAAUCCGAAAGAAUAAUGAGAAAACGGCCGAAGUGGAAAAACUUCGAAUGGAAGGCGACAGUCUUGAGCGAGAAGUAUCUGCUCUCAGGAAUGAACACAACAUUGCUGCUGAAAAGAAACGCUACUUAUCGCAACAAUUGCAGCAAAGUUUGAAGAGUAGAGAGCCGAAGGUCGCACAGUGUGUAACGUUAAAGAAUCGCAUUCGCGAAAUGCAAGCGAAUAAAGAGAAUCUACAAAGACAAAUUGGAACACCUUUGCUAUCGUCGAUAUCGGCUGAAGAGCAAACAAUGCUAAAUGAUUUACAGGCCGAAGUAAAGGAGAAGAAACUUCGGCUGGAAGACGUGGCCAAAGAACGUGCCAGACUAGAGUCUAUCAAACAUCGAUUGGAAAAUCAACUGUCGACAAAUCUGUUGCGAAAACGAGAAAGCCUACAAGCGAAAAUUCAAGAUAUAACUGUCGAUGAGAAGCGGAAUAGUCUGCAGACGGAGAUGGCUGAACUGAAGUCAGUUAAUCAUCGUCUUUCGGAAAUUAUGACGAGACUAGCGGAUUUGGAAGAGUAUUUGAUCGAAUACGAAGAAAGUCAAGAGAAGUUGACCAGAGAGCUGGAAGAUUGUCAAGAGCAGCAGAAAGAUCUCGAGGCUCAAGUAGCAGAAUUCUCGAAACAGGCUGACUUGAUCUGUACAAAACAGUCGGCAAUGCAAGCGAAACGAGAGGAAAGCAUGAAAAAGAUUCGUGAGCUAGGCUCACUUCCGAUGGAAUCGAAAACUUACGAAAGUUAUUCACUAAAACAGUUGGACAAGAAACUGAGUGAAGCAUUGGAGCAAUUGAAGAAAUAUGAGAAUGUCAAUAAAAAGGCGUUGGAUCAAUACGUUCAAGCGAGCAGCAGAAAAGAAGAUCUCACGAAGCGAAUGGAUGAACAUAAAGCGAAUCUGAAGUCAAUCAACGAUUUAGUGACAGUGUUGGAUCAUCGAAAAUACGAAGCUAUCCAGUUGACGUUCAAACAAGUGUCGAAGAAUUUCCAAACUGUUUUCCAGAAACUCGUCCCGGGUGGAUAUGGCAAUCUUGUUAUGCGAAUCAGUCAUGAUGAAGAUUCCGAGCCGAGCGGCGAUCGACCCAAUUUACCACCCAUCGAAACAUUCACUGGAGUCGGUAUUAAGGUCUCAUUCACUGGUACUACGGAAACGCGUGAAAUGCAACAGUUAUCGGGCGGUCAGAAGAGUCUGGUGGCUUUGGCGUUAAUAUUCGCGAUACAAAAAUGUGACCCGGCACCCUUCUAUCUUUUUGACGAAAUUGACGCAGCGCUUGAUGCCCAACAUCGAAAAGCUGUCGCAGAUAUGAUUCAUGAACUGUCCGAAAACGCACAGUUUAUUACGACAACAUUCCGCGCUGAACUGUUGGGAACAGCCGAAAAAUACUUCGGUGUGCGCUUCCGCAAUAAGGUAUCGCACAUCGAUGUUGUAACAAAGGAACAAGCUUAUGAUUUUGUUGAAGACGACCAAACGCAUGGUUAA